GACCAGUGUAACUUUUGAUCUUCUAAGACCAGAAGUUGGGCGUCUUUGGAAAGGUGAAGGUCCCGCCAGCGAUAUAAAAGCCCAGCGCACCUCGCACCCCCGCCCAGUCCCUCUCCGGGUGUCCACGAGGGAGAAUGUUAGUCCCUGUGGUGCUCGCGGUCGUAGCCGCCGUCCAGGUGGAAUGCGCCUCGAAUUACAAUUGGCCGGGAUUUUCAUACGCCCCAUCCUACACGUCCCAAUCGUUCAAGAAGAACAGCUACUCCUCAGGGGCCUACAACCCCUUCAAGAAGCCCAAGGUGUGGGACCCGGAGGAGACAGAACGCGCGCACGCCCAGUUCCUUGAGACAUGGCUGAAGCAGGCCCGCCUGGCGCUGGGCGGCUCCUCCACCACCACCAGGACCACCACCGCCAAGGAGGCUGACCCUCUGGCCGAGGCUGUCGCUGACGCCGCCAAGAAGGGUGCCACAGGACCCCGCGCAGGGGGCCGCCGCCGCCUGCGUGGACGUGGCCGCCCGCGUCCCCGCCAGGACAAGGGACAAGCACCUUCCACGGAUAAACCCGCAGCCGCGGAGCAGAGCACGGACGCCCCCGCUGCCCCCGCCACGGAAGCGGUGCCUGAGGUGACUUCCCCGCCCCCCACUGAGGCGCCUGCACCGCCCCCAGAGCCCUCGACCACCCAGGCUCCCACUCCUGCUCCCGCUCCUGAGACUCCUGCCCCUGAGCCUCCCGCGGCCCCGGAGCCCGCCAAGACCACCGCAGACCAGUACUACAUGGAGUACGACUACGCUGACGGCUACGGCUACGACUACUACGGCGGCGACUACUACGGUAACGAGUACUACACCCAGUACGCCGAGGAGCCCCAGGCCAAGGAGCUCACCCCCGUGGUGGAGAGGACCGAGGCACCCCAGCCUCCCCCCACCCCCGAGCCAACCACCACCACCACCACCACCUCCACCACCACCACCACCACCGAGGCGGCGCCGGAGCCCCUCCUGCAGCAGGUGCAGUCCAUCGUGGCGGAGUACGCCCAGGAGUCGGCGCGCCAGGAGUCCUCCGUGGUGCUGCCGCAGGAGCUGAGGAGCAAGUACCCCCAGGUGGAGUACGGCGCCGACGCCUACACGGAGUACGACCCCUACGACUACUACGGCGACUACUACUACGACGACGGGGCGGUGGACUACGCCGAGGCUUUCACCACCGAGGCGCCCACCACUGAGGCCCCCACCACAGAGGCCCCCACCACCACCACCACAACCACCACCACCACCACUACACCUCCCCCAACCACCACUACCACCACCACCACACCCGCCCCCACCACCACCCCUGAGGCGCCCCAGCCGGUACCUAUGGUGCGUCCCCGCCAGCGCGGCAGGGGCGCCGGCCCGGCAGGAGGCGACCCGGGCGGCCCCGCGGUCAGGGCUCCGAGAGCCAGACACAGCAGCCUGAGGACACCACCAACGCUGACGGCGAGAGCGUGA